CGGAAGUGAAAGGCCGGAAGUGGGGUUGGACAGGUUUUUCCCCAGGGGUGGGGAAGCAGAGGCCCUGGAGGAGUAGGGGAGAUUAAGAAGCCAGAGCAUCCUGGCCUCUACUCCGAAUCGUGUACCGGUUCUCUUAGAUCUCAGAGGCGCAGAAAAAGGGAGGGGUGUCUCAUCCUGGUUCCUCGCUUUUCGCUUUAGCCAUGGCGGAGGCAGGAGCCGGGGGGCUGAGUGAGACCGUCACUGAGACAACGGUUACCGUGACAACCGAGCCCGUGAGAAACGCGGGCAGGGGGGCUGUUUAGGGGUCUGGGAAGCACUGGGAGGGGGAUGGGGGUCUGGAAAGUUGGAGGGUUUGGGAUCUGGGACCUGUGGGGUUUACUCUUACUGGGAAAAUCGGAAGUGACUAGAAAUGCUUGGAGCGGCUCAGAUGGUUCAAGUGACUCGUCAAGGAUUGUUUAAUCUGCAGUUACAAUUAGAGUAUAGGUGUUACGGCUUGGGGUGGUGGUCUGUGUACGUAAUAAACGGAAACUGGACCAAGGAAGGUACUGGAAGGAAGCGAAACGCCAUUUGAGAAAGCAUGGUUUUGGAGGAGAAUCGGAGCCUAACCAUUAAACUUCGGAAACGGAAGCCAGAGAAGAAGGUGGAGUGGUCAAGUGACACUGUGGACAAUGAGCAUAUGGGCCGCCGCUCAUCGAAAUGCUGCUGUAUUUAUGAGAAACCUCGGGCCUUUGGUGAGAGCUCCACCGAGAGUGAUGAGGAUGAAGAGGAAGGCUGUGGUCAUACGCACUGUGUACGGGGUCACCGCAAAGGACGGCGUCCUACAACCCCAGGACCCACCCCAACCACUCCUCCACAGCCUCCUGAUCCCUCUCAGCCCCCUCCAGGACCUAUGCAGCACUAAAUCCCUCUCACCAUUCAUGUGUCUGCCUGGCCCCAAAUGUAUCCAUCUGACAUGGGGACUUAACCCAUGGUCUGGUCCCUUCUCCCGCCCCCUUCUUCCCUCUCCUGCCUGAUUGAGAAGAGGAAGAGGAGGGCGGAUACAGACCCUGUAAUUCUGACUUGCUGCUGUUCCAGAACCCAGGCUUUGGGUUCUCCCAGCCCCUUCUUCCCUACAGUUUGCCCCUGUGCCUGGGAUCCAGGCAUCUUGGUCCCAAUUUAUCCCUUUUGUUCUCACUGCCAAACUACCUGUCCUGGGAUCCAGUUAUUUUGGCCACCUGCACCCUCAGCUUGAGUCCCAAGCACUUCAACUGGGUUUCCAACUGUCCCAGCUUUCACUGCCAGGGUCCCAAUCAAAUUCCAGGCAAUCUUGUACCCCAGCUCUGCAUAUUAAUCCUGGCUUGUGGUUCUUCCAUUGACGCAGUUUUCCUAAAUCUUAGUUCUUGCCUGUGGGAUAUAAGGUUGUGUGGAGACCAUAGGGCUCCCUGGCCCUUCUGCUCCUCUUACCCCUUCUGGCUCUCCAGAGGAGUUAGGAGAGGUCUUUGUCAUUCACACCUCUGAUGGGAAGUGGAACCAAAAGUAGUCAUGUCUUGAAUAUAACAUUUCUGACAAAGCUAGCUGAGACCACUGACCUAGAGUCAACGAUUCUCUCAGCCUUUAAUCUUUGAGCCUCAGCAUUGGUGUCCUGGCGGCCGGACUCCCUAAAAGGAAGGAGGGAGAAAGCAGAGAGACGAGGGGACAGGCCCCUGCAGUGCACUCCUACCCUUUCCUUCCUAGGCCUUGGAGUCUGCCAACCCAGCUGUCUUGCUCUCUCAGCCUCCCCAGCUGGUGCUGGGACCUGGGUGUUAUCCUCUAGGCUCCAGCUGUGCACAGCGCAGAGAUCAGCAAAACCCACGGCACCACUUAGAUCUCAUUUAUUGACACAGAUGCACAAAAUAAAUAACCCAACAUUGCA